AGAUAACCAUCACACCACCUCAUUUUCAUAGAAUUACAGAAUAUGACAUUCUUCUCACGAUCCAAACUAUAGAACAAACCAAAACAAGUCCCUAUCAGAAAAUGCCAAAACGCAAGCUCUCCGAACUGAGCGAUACAGCUCACGCAGAGCCGUCACACCAGAACCGCAAACUGCACAUCCAAACAGAACGACUGACACAGAAAUUCAACCAUGGGGGUUUCACUCUGUUCCGCGCGCUGAAGACGGCUCGGGGCUUCGAGCGACAGAAAUUGGGCAGGAGGCAGAAAACUGCCAAGGCGCAGGGGGAUAAUCAGGCUCUGGAACGGAUAGAGAAGGAGAUUGCGGCUUUGAAGGAACUUGACCUUCACCGGACAGCCGAGAAGCAUCUACUCAAACAGCUCAUUAAAACGAAACGCAUCGCCGAGUCCCCCGUUUUCGUGCAGUUCAAGGAAGGAGGAAAAGGAAGGAAGAUCUCCACCGAAGGACCUAAGGAUACAGCGGAAGCGAAUGUUACGGCACGCUUGUUCAAAUCGAAUCCGAUCAAGAAUGUACUGCCUGACAUCCUUGGAGAGAUUAGAAAGCUGCUUGGGGUGGAUGGUGUUGCUCCAGCCCGGGGAGGAUCUGGAGAUAAUGACAAUGAGCGUAAUACAUCUCAAUCUCAAGGGGGGAAGAGCACAAAGGCAGAGAGCAUUGGAAGCGAAAAGCGGGAUGGCGGCGCGAUAACUUCUACGAAAGACCACGAUUCAGCGUCUCGGUCAGGAGAGGAUGUCGAUAUGGAUGACUCAGACGCAGACAGCGAGAGCGUGGACUACGCACAGUUCGAUGCCCGACUCGCCUCCUCGGAUGAAGAAUCAGAAGGGGAAGAGGAAGAGGAAGACGCAAGAGCAGUAUCAGAAGAUGGCAUUGCACUAUCCGAAGCCGACGACCCAUCAACACGCACAUCUCAAUCCCCAUCACCAAAGAAAUCAAAGAUGAAAUCCACCGAACUCCCCAAGUCAACCACAUUCCUCCCCUCUCUGAUGAUGGGCGGCUACUGGUCCGGUUCGGAGUCGCCCUCGGAAGACGAAGAGCAACCGCGCCGCAAGAACCGAAUGGGCCAACAAGCCCGUCGAGCCCUCUGGGAGAAGAAGUACGGAUCUCGCGCAAAUCAUCUACAGAAGGAGAAGCAGAAACAGGCGAAAUCAAGAAAUAGUAGAGAUAGCGGCUGGGAUUUGAGGAAAGGUGCCACAGAUCCUAGUGAUGGGGAUGGUAGAGGGAAAUGGGAACGAGGGGGUGGUGGUAAACCCCAACGUCGUGAUGUUGCAAGGGGUUCUGGGGCCGUUGAUUCCAAGAGGAAAGACAAGGCCCAGACAGACAAUAAGCCCCUGCAUCCUUCUUGGGAGGCUGCGAGGAAAGCAAAGGAGCAGGCAACUCAGGCGUCGUUUCAGGGAAAGAAGAUUACCUUUGAUUAGUCUUAUGAUUUAUGUCUCAAAAUAUGUCUAUACAUGCAACAGGGAUUCUACCCAGGAGGAAGAUGUCUUCCCAGAAGUCCUCACCUCUCCUCGCCUGUAUAAUAACGUCCAGCGUCAUAGCAAGGAUAGUGACAACGCAUCUGUUAGCAUUCACGUAGAGCAAACCCUAAAACCCAUCAACAUCCAUCCCUAACCCCUUCUCCUGCGCAAGAUCCAGCAACUUCUUCGCAAUAACCAAAUCCAUAAUCCCCAUCCCCACACACUUAAAGACAACAUUACACCCAUCCGGAACAUCAACAGUCCCCGAUAGGCCCAAACGACCGAAAAGCCCCCCGAUCUCAACCAACUGAUCCUCCUUGACCUGUGCACUGAUCAGCUCCCCGGACUCCUCCAAGCAAGCCUCCGCGGAGUCCACAUAGAUCUUCUUCCCCGCACCGGAAAGAAGGGUAUCGGUAUCGAUCUCCUUCAUAUGCGGCUUAUAGGAACCGAUAAGAGAGAUGAAGCGCCGCUUCUGCGCUCCUCCUUCUCCCCCGACGAGAUAGGAAUAAGGGAAAUUCGGCUCCGUAGCGGGCGUGCAACUAAAGAUGACAUCGGAAGCGGCCAGUGCAGACUUGAGUCUCUCAUCGUAAUCGGACGUGCCCUCCUUCGCAAGCGCCUCAACGACCAAACCCGGGUACUUCGAUCUCAGGUCCUGAAAGACUUCCUUCUCCAUGCUUUCCAACCGUUUCCGGCCACGGUUGAUGACCGUGAUCCGUUUAAUGCCGCCCGGAACAAGCAGCAACGCCAGCCGGGCGUGCCACUCCGCCUGUCGUCCCGAGCCGAAAAUGACGAUAUUUUCUUUCUCCAGUGACUCGCACCGAACGAACAGCGUCAUCACGGCCAACGCAGUCCGGAAAGCAGUGACUUCGGCGGCGCUCAGGAGGCCGAGGAGCCUGCCAUCGGGAGAAAACACGUUGAUUACCCCGAUAAUGCCAUCGCGCGAGGCGGUUACGACCUUGAUGCCCGUGCUGGACGUGUUGGCGACGGGCAUAAAGAGGGACAGGUUCUUGUCUUUGGUUACGAUGUGAGUUCUGAGGGGCUGCCGGAUUUGUCUUUCUGGCUCGGGGAGUGUGGACUCGGCGGACAGUGUCACCAGAGAUGAGGAGAGUGCCUCGAGGAAGUCAUGGCUUAGUUCUGGUGUUAACUGGCGGAGAAGCCGGUAGAGCUCCGGUUCGGGGAGAAGAUGCAUGUUGCAUGAAUACGUAUGAAUAUGGUCUGGCGAUAUCUCAC